CAGGGAUUAUAAAUGAAGGCAUUAUUAAAUUUAAAAUUUUUUAUUAUCACUCCUCAGCCCGAUAUCUUUCUCCUGCAUUGAUGCUAAGUUCUUAGCCAGGGCAAUUCUGGGCAAGAGGGACUUGACAUGAUGUCUUGACAAGAAAUGCGGAAAGGCGUAUGUCAGAUCAUUUAUGUCACCUAUCUACAUGAGUCGCUCAGUACAUAUAUGAGAAAGACUAUGGACAACCAAGGGGAAAGAUAUUGCCCCCUAUGCACGGAGGAGAUGGAUCUGACUGAUCAACAGUUGAAACCUUGUAGAUGUGGAUAUGAGGUUUGGGCUGGUCAACAGUUGAAGCCUCGUAAAUGUGGAUAUGAGGCAUAUCCAAUGCAGAUGUCUGGAUAGAUGGAAAACGGGGGGAUGAUUAAGCCGUAUCUAUGCUGGGUCCUGAAGACUUACAGAAUUCUCAAGCAAUCUUCUACUCCGUACCCUGCGAUACCCAGGUCACAGAUGAUAAAACCUCGUUUCUAAUAUCAACAACUGGCUUUCAGGUUUACAUUUUCUCCCCAGAUCUCUAUAUAGGUCGGUGCAUGAAAAUUCUUGCUUGUUUUCGUUAUUUUAGGCGAACAUCUAGCGUUGGACAACCACCUGGGAUUGCUAAUCUGUGAUCUCCAAGUUAUGUUAAGGCUGUGAGCACCAGGUCUCCUUGCGUUAAAUUCCGUCGUUUUCCCAUUGGCCGCUGGAAUGGACGAAAUGCACCGUGGGAUAUGGCCCUUAUCUGCCAAACUGCUUCCAUUGAAUGUUUCAUUUCUGAUGGGGUCGUUUCCCCUUUGCUUUCAGACGCAAUCAUGCUGGUGUCCUUGGCUCAUCAAAAGCAUCAUUCACUUUCCAUCUCUCAUGUGCAAUGGAUACCGUUUUAUGGAUCGGAGGAGCCCAGUUCGGAUUUCCUUGAAAUGAGGUGGGACCAGGGGUCUUGCUGUUUUGAAACGGCUGAGCUGUGCCCCACGUAUUUUGGUGCUCUCUUCCCUAAUCAUCAUCACUGGUCGACCGGUCUCCUCCCUUAUUGGUGUCUGGCCUAAAAUAAAAAAGGAUAAGGUUUCGGCGUACUUCGUUUGUUUUUAUCGUCCUAAGCUUUCCCCUUCUUUUUUUUUUCUUUCUGGUCUUGGCCCACCAAGCAGGCAAUCUGCGGAGGUGCCACUCGUUGGCCCGUGCCGCGAUUUGUACCGCCGCCUGUCGCAU